UUUUUUUAUCCGCCUUGCUGUGUUUGUGUUUAGUCUCCCGUCUUUCUUGUUUCGCGAAGUUUUCAACGAGUGCUCUCUUAAAAAUGGAAGCCUAAACGCCCUCAAGCCGCACUUUCGUGCGACCGUUCGCUUCAGAAUAAUGUUAUCAAUUAUGCCGGCCAUCAUGGCUUCUUUCACUCUCCCAGCCCUCGAGGUACCUUCGCUGAUAGAAGCAUCGAAUCUAUUACCUAUAAACAGUUUGUCGAGUUUUUUCAAUGGAAAAUCGACCAACAGCACAAAUGGCAGCACAGAUUAUAGAAAUCGAGAUCGUCCAGCCGGACCAAACUUUGCUGCUGCCAGCAGCGGAGUGGUCUACGGAUGUGCAGAAUACUUAUAAGACCACAGGAGAGGAGUAUUUAGCUGGUACAGAUGAAAUUGAUCAGGACAAAGCAGGUUCAGUUGUGAAACUUUCUCGGGCACAAGUGGCAUCCAAACUUCUGGAGGAUCUGGACAGUAGCUGGAUAGUAGAAGAAUCUGAACCUUGUCCUGACUGGCUGGAGGAACAAAUUGACCUACCCAUUUAUGAAGAUCUUACUCCAUCGCCUGAGCCUGAAUUAUAUGACAGUUACUCUAGCACCGAAAAACCCUCACAAAUGCAUUUAAUAUCUUUGCCAUUGCCGGAAUUGCUUGGAGACUUAAAACCAUACGUCUGCAGCCCGCCACCGGACACCAAGGCGGGGAUCCAGAAGUUUGAGGUAGAACCGUCAGUUAUCCAAGAAUUCACCACCCCUGUUUGGACCCCACCUCUGGUUCCCAAAGUAAACGCUCUCACCCCUCCUGACAGCCCAAAAGAUGACGAUUAUUUACUCACAACUAUGCUGGAUGGCAUUGAACCAGAGCUGUGCAAUGAGUUGGAAGAGCUAGUGCGCAUGCAUGCAGAAAACCUCGUCGAUGACUAUAAAGCUCCUGCAAGUGCGGAAAACAAUGUGGAAUGCUCUGCAACAGAAAGCCACGAAGAAGACAGCUCUGACUCAAAUCACUCAGUCUGUGCUUCGAGCCCUUGUUUUUCAUCUGACUCAGGCUCCGGCUCUAGCUCGGAAGAUCCAGAAUGGGUACCUAAUUCUUAUAAUAUUCCUGCUGCCCCUCAACAAAAGAAAAAACGUAUUACCAAGCCGUACAGCCGCCCUGCUCCUGAGGACAAAAAGCUGCGCAAAAAAGAACAAAACAAAAAUGCAGCCACACGAUACCGGUUGAAAAAAAAAGCUGAAAUCGAAGAAAUUCUUCAUGAAGAAAAAGAGUUGCAAGACAAAAAUUACCAGCUACAAAGCCAGGCUCUUGAGCUUGCCCGGGAAAUCAAGUACUUAAAAUCACUUAUGCGUGAUGUAUUUAAAGCCUCUGGUUUAAUUACGUAAGAACUUUGUAAAGGGUUAUUUUGCUGUAUCAUUACUUAUUCUUUUAAUCUUAGCCAGAACAUUUUUGAUAUUUAAUCUGUAGAUUUUCUCCAGUAAGUAUUGAUUUCUUUUAAGCUGCAGGGACACAACACAUUUCUUGUAUGUUCUUCUUGUCGGACUCCAUUAAGCAUAGAUGACCCUGCUUGAAGACUGUAACUUUCCAAUAAUCAUGUUGUCUACAGGCUCAAAAUAAAAAAAAAAUCCCCAAAUUUUUUCAGGGUUUUUCAGACCAUAUUGAUCAAAAUUCAACGAACUUAAGAUCGCUGAGCCCUGAACCAGACAAUGUCCAUUUUCUUCUGCGCCGCAGUCGGGUGACCAUCAAAUAUCGAAAGAAGUUUAAAAUUUCUGUCUCACCGAAGACUUUACGAUGGAUUUGCAUCAAAAAAACAAUAUUUAUGACUGCCCGUUGCCUGCACUUAUCACAGCUUUCUAUGCAGGCAAGAAAACCAUGAAAGUCAAACAAAUAGCAGCCUAGACCCAACACUACAUACCUCUGUAUAGCGCAUUUUUUGUCGAUGGCAUAACCCUCACUUCAUCCAGGAGACUCAAACUACUCAUGAGGCCUAUAAUUGUCACUCGGUGAAAAUGCUUUUGGUUUAUAUAUGUUCAUAUAAGGCUAUUUGGGUUACAUUCUGCAAUAAGGAACCACUAUCUCUGGCUCUUCUAUAAAAUCACUUUUCUGCAUAGGGAAACCAACGGCAUAUAUGUUGUUUCUAAAAUGAGCCAGAAAUAGUGGUUCCUUAUUGCAAAAUGUGGUCCAUUUAGUUUCUGAUUGUGAGAUACCGUAGCCUGUAAAAACUUUGAGUGGCCAUAUUGGUUCCUGAAUAGACCCGAGACUGCUGCUUCCUUUUCUAAAAGUGCUUCUUAUGAUGAUAAAUUCAAACCCUAAAAGCAGGAAUUUUUAAUCUGAAGUAGAGGAUUUUUUAUUUUAUCCUGCAGUGUACAAGUUCUUUUCAAUGUGUCAUUUAUGCCAGAAUACAUGUCUUCUUGCAGAGAUAAUUAAACUAUAACAAUGUUCUUGUUUUUCGAAGAAAUUUAAGUUAGAGUAAUGUGUAGCCCCCUGACUAGUUUUGAAUUGCAAUAGUUGCUCUUGGAAAAGAGCUUUUUGGUAUCCCUAAUAUCUGCUUCUAAGAUGUAUCAUCUUAUUACUUAAGGAAAUCUUUUUGAAGAAUAUUUAUCCUUUAAUCUUAACCAGUUCUAUCUGGAGUUGUAAAGAUUGAAUUUUCUGAGUGUUGCUUUUACUUUUUAGCGGUAAUUUCGUCUAUACAGUCCCCACAAAAUUGUCAGACUUACCUGAUGUUAAAGGAUAUUCAGUAGAAAAAUCAAUUAGCUUCUUUGUUCCGCCGUAUUAAAAGUGUUGUAAAUUUUAUUUUAAUUGGCUCUGAUUUUGUCUAUUCUGCACUCUUUUCUCUGCAGCUUGGUUUGAUUGUACACGAUUUUUAAUCAUAUUUUAAUUGACUUAAUUUGAUUUCUUGAUCAGUUAAAUGCAUCCCGAGAAAAACGUGUCAUUCCGUUUUUACUAUCUCUGAAAAGGUAAUGAUGAACUGAUCCUCUUGAUUUUAAUCAAAUCACAUGGUGAUUUUAAAAAACUCACUUUGGUGUAUUUUUCACAUUUCUGUCUGUGAGGUUACCAUUGUUCUCACGAGGUGCUAACAUAUUUUGGAAAUUUUAAUAAAUUGAUUUUUGUUUUGAGCGCAACCCAUAACUCACACAGCAAAAUAAUUAACUCUUAAUAAUUAAUUCUUUUACAAAUUGGAGCUAAACGUUUAAGAUUUUUAGUUGCACUUAAUUUAUCUUGGAAUUUUUAUUUAUUACAAGGAUGAAAUGCCAAAAGCAAAUGGCAUCUAAUGCUUUAGAAGAUGUUCUCAGUACAGUCGAGACUCCUCAUGAACCCUAUAGCCAAUUUUCAAAUUCGUGAAACUCGUGCUCUUAAGCUGAAAGAGUCAAUUUUAUUUUAAUCUUUUUUAAUUUACAAGAUAUUAAGUAUAAUAACUCCCUUUUUGGAUGACCCUUGUACCUUGAGUUAUUCAUCGUCAAAAUUUUUGCCAGUAAUGUUUAAUUUUAAACUUCUCUCACGCUGUUUUAGAGAGUAUCUGAGAAAAAUUAUGUUUCUCUUUAGUAAAAUUUAAUUUCAGCAAGUAAGGCCUAUGUCAUCUGCUCAGUGCAAGUCAUACCUGAACUGACCCUCAGUAUUGUCUUCCUAUUUUAAAAAUUCGUCUUUUCAUGGUUUCACAGGAUGUGCAUGCGCAAAAGAAAGUUUAAUAAUUGAAUAUCUAUGAGUUAUAAUUGGAUGUAAUCAUGUCAGAAGUACAUUUGCUUCUAAGGUUUAUGGGCAACAUAGUUCCUUUUAGCAUGUAUUUGUUCAAUUAACUCUUCGAAUUUCUUAGAGAAUGGUAAAUAUCUACAGAUUGUUGGUACCAUGUAGGAUGGGAAUUCCUUGAGGAAAGAAAGAAAAAAAAAAUCAAUAAUGAUUGUUAUGACAAGUAAGGCAAUUUUCACCUCUAUCAAAUAUUUUAAGUGCUCAGUUCUCAAUUUUCAAGAUGUGUUCUUGUUUCUACUUUUGAGUAACUCAAGCUGAGACAGAGGAUUGGAAUAGUAAUUAUUGAUUGCAACCUGGUGUCAGCAAAAUUUUUGAAAGUGGCUUUUUCUACAUAGCAACAUGAAUCUAUUAGUAAGUUUUCAAAUCUUUAAUUCCGGGCUUUUAUAUUUUCAACAAAUUUUGCAAUGAGCACUCAUGUUUCAGAGUGUUAUUUUCAUGGAAAAACUUGGAGUUAGUCUGGUGAAAAUUUAACGAAGUUCUUUGCAAAUAUUUCACAAACUUUAAUUCGUAUAAUACUUCUUUGGUCAGUCUGGAAUUAAUUCCAAGUAUUCACUUCUUUCAAUUUGUCUUCAUUUAUCACUUUUUUUACUUUUUCUCCUACUCCUAACCUAUGAUAUGUACUCCCAUCAUGAAUUAUUGUAUUAUUUAUCCAAUAAUAUCCAGUAUCAGUA